AUGCGUGACUGGUCAUCUUCGUCGUAUUUGAGCAGACAUGUGCAGGUACCAAAGACGAAGCAACAGAGCCGAAUACUAAAACAAGGCUUCGCAGAUGACAACAACGAGCAUCUAGCCUACUUCCAUUUUCGAAUUAUAUGGCCAAUUCUGGCGUUCACCGUCUACAUCUAUACAAUUUUCAUGAUUGGAGUUAUUGGUUCGCUAAUCACAGACGAGCUUCCAAACCCACUCGAGCUAAAGAAAGUGUUCCGGACACGCUACGGAUCCCUGCGAUUCCGGUGUAACGUGAGUUCCCCUUGA